AUGAUGGAUCUGAAUAUCUGUUUGUCUGGGGCACACACGGUGGAUGGGAAGGAUGUGGAUGGAAAAGAUUUCCGGUACUAUUUUGAUUUUGAGCGCUUGAAGGAGAGUGCGCCGGUGGUGGAGGAAGGGGACUUCCUGAAGGAUUGGAAGCGGUGGGAUAAGAAGAAGGGUCCAGGACGGAUCACGGUGCGGAAGGUUCCAUCGUACAAGGUAACACCGAUGCAACUGAAGAGGAACAAGAGCAACAUCAUUUGGAGGCAGUUCAAUGGUCAGGAGCCCAAGAAUUACUGGUACCGAGUUUGUGAAGGGCGAGCUGACAAAGUCAUCCAAAGGCCCUGGUAUGCUAUUUGGAAGUCAAAGAGGCUGAUGAACAUUGUGACUGAGAUUGCAGGUAGGAUGGAUUGGGAUUAUGAUGGUUUGCAUGUUGUCCGAGGGUGGAAGGCGCAGAACAAGCAAAUGUAUCCAAACCUGGAUUCUGACACAUCGCCUGAUGCACUCGUUGAUAAGGUGACCAAGCUUGUUAAGACAUGGAGAAAUCUCUACAUUGCAACUAUUCUCUAG